AAUUUGAUUUUUCUUUUGAAGGAAGCAGCACUUUACUACACACAAGACAGAAAAGAGGAUUGCUUGGCUACCUGUAGAGAUGUCUGUGAACGCGCAUCUCGUCUGAACUCGGGCAACUGGCCGUUCCUUCUUACGAGAGCAUUUUACAUCAUCUCUGCUUUGUACCGACAAACCAAGGAAUUUGACUUGGCCAAAGAGUAUAUAGAGAAGUCCUCUGAGUGUCUGGAGCUCGUUGUUCUGAGUGAAGAAACCGCAGUAAACAGGUACAAUGCUGCAGCCCUUUUGGCCGAAAAAUCAGCUGAUGUUGGCAUAACAGCCGACGAAGAAAUAAAUGCCCAGCGACUUUUUGAGGAAGUUGCGGGAUUUUGGUCACAGCUGAAAGAAAACGAGAGCAUGAUGAGAUACGUCAUCAGGAGCCACAAUAGAAUGACCACGUAUUUUUUAAAGACAUCCCGCACGAGAUUUCCUGAUUUAGGUAAAGAGGUCUCUGAAGUUGACAUUGUCAAGGCGGGCACUGCUAUCCAGAAAGUAGAGAGAAAUCUACUUACUCAAUGUCCCAAGAGAUUGGAAGCCACGUUCCUAAUCGGGAAGGCAGACUACUUCAUCCGUAGGGCGACUAGGAGAGGGUUAGGCAUAUCGGAGGGAGACAGGAAACUAGAUUUCCAAAGAGCCAAAGAUGAACUUGACAAGGCGAUGCGGAUUUCCCGAGAGCUUAUGAUGCACAAGGAGAUCGAAGGAAUAGAAGAUCGGACGAGAACUAUUCAAGACCUGAUUACACGUGGUCUACGGUGGUUUGAUGACCCACCUCCCCCGGAGCCUGCGGAGGGCAACGAGCCAGGGGAGGGAAACACGAAUGAUCUGGAAGAUUUGUUUCAGAACCUGCUGAUUAGUGAGGACAAGUCAUCACAAAAAUUGACUCUGGUGUCGUUUCUUCGUGUCGUAUCUUCUGCUGUCGUAUCUUCGUAUCUUCGUGACGCGUAUGUCUCAGCCUUAGCUAGCCCGGCCAAAUUAGAUCUUGUAGAUGCAGAAGCAGCCAAGGUUCGUUCCAGAAUAAGAUGGGCUGAAGAAGGAGAAUCCUCCACUUCGUAUUUUGUGCGUCUUGAGAAGAAACAUGGUGGUGAAAGCUGGUUUUCGGCUCUGAAAGAUGAUGACAAUGUUGUCUCUGAUCUUAAUGGAAUUAUGGAUGCUUGGUCCAAUGUUCCAAAAUGUGAGGGCCUCUUUGAGGCUGAUGAGGUAUUUCGUGACUUGAAUGGCAUGGCCAGAGGUACGAAACCUGGCUCUGAUGGUCUGUCAGUUGAUUUCUACAUUACAUUCUGGGAUACUCUUGGCACUGACCUUGUUGACGUUCUCAACUCAUCGUAUCGGGAUGGCUUUCUUCCUAGUUCUUCCUGUAAGGGUCUUUUUAAUUUGACCUUUAAGAGGGGUGACCGCCUUGAUCGUAAGAACUGGCGUCCUAUCACCCUUCUGAGCUUGGAAUUUAAGUUGUGUGCCCCGUACCGUGGUUGCUCGUCUUUUGCAAGUCAUUCAUUUUGUGGUCCAUUCUGA